AUGAAUAGCAGAAGAAGCUUCCGGAAAUUCUGUUUGCUCAUCGAUCUCCUCUCCCGUGCUCACCAGCUUCUUCUCACUGGUACGACCGUGACAAAAAGGGAUUUGUAUUACCAGAACCCGGGAUUGUAUGGGAACCAGAGGACGGUGGAUGUGCUGGUGGAUGACCUCGCCGUUCUCCUCCGAUGCUCUCGGGAUGACCUCAACAUCAUCGCCACUUCGAAAGGACUAGCGACGGGAGACUUCAUCCUGAAGGGAGAAUCGGGAAAUGGAAGAGAAAUGCAGAUUCCAGCCCUAACGAAUGCAAUUGACGUAGUUCUCCCUCAACCUCGGCCCUCUUUCGUUCUCGUCGUGGAGAAGCAUGCCUCCUUUCAAAACAUCUUCACUCACGGCCUUCCGUUCUCUCACAUCCUUAUCACUGGGAAGGGAUUUCCAGACAUGGGGACGAGGAAGUUCCUUCGACGGCUGGUCGCGGACCUAGAAAUUCCUGCCUUUGCCCUCAUGGAUGGGGAUCCUCACGGCAUCGAAAUCAUGUGCACCUACAAAUACGGAUCCAUGAGCCUGGCUCACGAGGCGCGGGAGUCCACGGUGCCAUCCCUGGAGUGGCUGGGGAUCCGAAGCGGGGACGUCCACGAGUAUCACCUCCCGUCGACCACUUUUCUCCCGCUUACAACAAAGGACAGGGAGAAGCUGGAGCAGCUUCUCUCCCGGCCGUAUAUCCGGCAGCAGGCGGAUGUCCACUGCGAGCUGGAGAGGAUGUGGAAGAUGGGGAUGAAGGUGGAACUGGAGUCCCUGGAUGAGAUUUCCCGCGAUUACCUCACCCAGGUCUAUCUCCCCUCCAAACUUCAGGGACAUUUCCUCUUUUGA